AUGAUGAACAUCUUCUCUCUCGCCGUCGCCUUCCUGCUCAGCCAUGCCUUUGUAGCGUGCACGCCCAUUAAAUCCGGAACUCUCGAGUCCCGCAGCGCACAGACCUGUGCAGACCCCAGCCUCGCCACGCUCUUCGUCUCCUCCUUCAGCCAUACCCGCACCGCGCACCUCAUCGAGGUUCUGACCAUCACCGUAGACUACCAAUCCACCAUCGGCACCGCGGACGUCUACGACAUCCAAAACCCGUCCUUCCUCGCCUGGGCCACCCCGCAGCCGUUCACCGUCCCCAUACACCAAAUCAAGCGCGGUGACGGGGAGGACUUUAUAUUCCUCCCGGAGGUCAACGGCACCGUGCCGAGCGUGAGCGGAUGGAGCACGGAGGGUGUCACGGCGUAUGCGUAUGCGACGCAGGUCUGCGGGAGCGUCCCACUGCUGAGUGUGUUUAACUCGGCCACGAGCGAUCAUUGGUGGACGACGAAUGCGGCGGACCAUGCGAGGCUGGUUGCGACGGGCCGUUGGGUCGAUGCGGGUGUGCCGUUCUAUGUGCUGCCCUUGCCUUAUGAUAAUGAACCUUGA